UAUAUAUAAAUGGGGUGUACCGUAUAGCAAAAGUCGUCAGUUCGUCGUGAGCUAGUUUCAACGCCAGGUUAAAGGAAAGAAGCUUACAUGUGCGGUUUUAGUAUGCAUUGAAUCAACCCGCAAUUUUAGAGAUUGAAUAUUUUUACCAUGUCCAAAUUCGGCUCACCCGAUCACGAUAGCAUUUGGUUCGAGGAUAAAUCCUUACGACACCCAAAUGGAGCACACUUUGAUAAUCUUCGAAAUGAAAUCAAGUCCUGGAGGGAACACGUAUUGUCAAGUGGCAUUUAUCCUUGCUUCACAUCUUGGGCUUUAGAAUCCAAGACAGAUUCCGAAGAAGAUAUCGGUUCAAUGAUUGAAGUUUCGGAUCUCGAGUCAGAAACGCAAGAUGAAGCAGACGAUUGUGAGACAGCAUUCGAUGUUCAGAAUUAUUACACGAAUAACAAAAGUCGAAUGGAAACUUUGUGGAAACUCUACCGGAAUAUUGGAGAAACCGUCGAAGACAUGAAAAUCCGACUAGCUCACUCAUCGUCGCAGAAUAAAAGUUUUACGUGCAGUGAAUAUAAUAAUUCGCAAAAUAAGUGUAUCAAAACGGAAUCUGAAUCUAGUGAUUGUGAAAAAGAAAACGAGAGCACCGACUCGAGUAUUACGGCAGAACAGCUGGAUACAAAGUCUGAUGAAAUUUUAAUAAAAUCAGAAAGUGAAAAGAGUGAAUUUCAUGAUAACAAUCUUAGCAAUUCAAAUACUUUCGAUGACGUUCUGGACAUUCAACUUCGCGAAUCGAACAAAAAUAUCCACGACGAUAUCGAUACUCAAGACUGGCCAUCCGAAUCUUCGAUCCAUUGGCACAACUCACGCAAUUCUGAGUCACGCGUCGAUCCGACGCCUAACUGUACAUACGACCUUCCGCGUCUGAAACAAAUCACGAAGGAGGAACUUAUUUUCGAGAAAAAAACUACCUCGAGGAAGAAACGCACCGCAGUGGUUGACGUCAAGAAAGAAGAAUCCGCAGGUGGUAGUGGAAAAAAGAGCAGAGAACCGAUUAUUGUUGACAUGUAUGGUAUUCGAACUAUCAAUUACAACGAAAGUCCUCCAAAAGUGAAAAUACCCGACUGCUUCAAAACGUCGAGAUUGAGCGACAGCAGUUGUGACGAAGAGAUCGAAUUGGUCGAGGAAAAGCGUCACCCGUCGAUUUUGAAAAAUCGUUUUCGAAAUAACAAAAGAAAACGGAGCGUCGAUAACGAUUUCUUGCUCGCGUACGCGGUCAAUUUGUCAAGCGAGUCAGAUGCUGCUGAAGCUUCUUUGAUAAAGAAGAUACGCGGUGAGGAGAAUUCGAAGGAUUUCGACCGCUUAUCAGAAGAGGAUCUGGAGGAACAGUUAGAAAUCGUUAAUAACACAAUGAGCACAACUACUUCUAGCUCAAGCUCGUCAUGCACGUGUACGCGAUCUUCGUGCUCGUGCUCGGCUUCCGUAUCAUCUUCUGAGGUGGAAAAUUAGAUUUUGUUAAAAGUAGUUGAAAUGAAUUAAUGUUGAUUUUUUUUGUUACAUUUGAAUGAAACAUUGUUAACCUUUGUUAAAUUUUGAUUAUGGUGCAUGAGUAAGAAGCAUUUCGAAUAUUUUGAUGAAGCAUUUGUUAAUUAUUAAAAAUAAAUAGAAUCUAAUUUACAUGAAAUUAAGGCUGUAUUUAAUAAUAGAUUAUUCUUUACUCUUGUAAAAUUUAAACUGUAUGUAUAGGUACAGAGAUCAGAAAAAUUUUACUUUUGUUGUGUAUACUACCUUAUACCGACAUUCGAUAAAUAAGUUUUAGCGCCAAUAAUUAUAUAAGUUACGGUUGAUAAGCUUGUUGAUGAAAUAAAAUUAAAAAAAUAAAAUACA